AUGAACGAUCUUGACAGGCAACUAGCCGAACUGGCUUUAAUGAACAAACAGGAUUUACCCUCCAACUCAGGGACUUUGGGGAAGAAAGUCGGACCCCCACCCCCACCUAAGCCCAAAAAACCACAACCUCAAAUACCACAAUCUUACCCCUUAAAACAAACAAUAGAACCGAGUUACUCCUCGAGGUUAACCGGUCAAUUAUACUCCAACCUACCCACGCAACCGCACUAUUCCAACACUACAAAAUACCCUGACAACAACUACGCGAACUUACCACAUGAGGGUAACAACGCGCAAUACUCAAACUUACCCCAGCCGCAAAGAGCGGUGUACAGCAGCAACAUGGCAACGUUGCAAAGCACUUCCAACCUAAGUGGGGUAAAAAAUAGGCCUGUAGUUAAUAAUAUGGGGCCAAAGGGGUAUGUUAAGCCUGAUCAUGUUACUUACAGUAAUAUACAAGCAGCACAAUCAAGAAAUCAAGAUGGAUUGAUUUAUAGUAACUUAAUGCAUCCUCCGAGGGAGGGUAACAUGUAUAGCAACUUACCCCAACAGGGGGGUAAUGUCUAUGCAAAUGGAGAUGAUUUGCCGCCUCCCCCUCCCCCUCUGGAUUUGUGUUCAAAUAUGCCCGACUACGCCCCUGUUUCCGUCAACACUAACCUUCCCCCACCACCCGAGGACCUUAUGCCCCCUCCGUCCCCAGUCAGUUCGAGCUACAGCGAAUUAAGGAGGGCCACGCAACCUGAGCAAGAUUUUCACAACUACAGCAUGGGAUCACAGUAUGGUGAUACUGAUUCGCUAUAUGGAUAUGGGGCUAUGUCGCAGUCAUCAUCGACUUACGAGUCAAUUUACGAGCCAAUAAACCCGCGACCACCGAGUCAGAUGUCGUCCAGAUCUAACUACUCUCUCUACGCGCCUUACGUCUCUGGAAACAGUAGCACUUUGACGGGACCCAGCCAAUCGGUGAGCCGCAUGGGGCACAAUAAAGAGCAAGAAGUUGACAGUCUGACGAAUCUGCUGGUGCAAGGUAUGGGCGGUCAGGAGGCCGAAGAUCAAGAGGACGUCUACGGAGUUUGUAUCAAGUGCGGGGAGAAAAUUAUCGGCGAAAAUAGCGGGUGCACUGCUAUGGAUCAGCUGUAUCACACAAGUUGCUUUGUGUGCCAUCACUGCCAAAUUAAUUUGCAAGGGAAGCCUUUUUAUGCUUUAGAUGGACACCCUUAUUGCGAUGAAGAUUAUUUGAACACAUUGGAAAAAUGUUGCGUCUGCCAAAAACCGAUUUUGGACCGUAUUUUACGUGCCACCGGUAAACCGUAUCACCCUGUGUGUUUCUGCUGCGUUGUCUGCGGAAAAAGUCUGGAUGGAAUACCCUUUACCGUAGAUGCUACAAACAGGGUGCACUGUAUCGAAGAUUUUCACAAAAUUUUUGCUCCAAGAUGUUGGGUUUGUAAGCAACCUAUCAUGCCCGAACCUGGCGAAGACGAAACCGUUAGGGUGGUAGCAUUGGACCACAGUUUUCACAUAACGUGCUAUAAAUGCGAGGAUUGCGGUCUGGUUCUAUCGUCGGAAGCCGAAGGCAGAGGUUGCUAUCCACUAGAUGGACACGUUUUGUGUAAAAGUUGUAACGCCAAAAGGGUCCAAGCGUUGACAAGCGACAUUUCUACCCCUAGGAACAACCCCAUGAUCACUGAACUAUAA